CUGAAAUGGAGUCGUGAGUUGAAGCAGGGGUCUGAAUUCAGGGGGUCGUACGCUGUUACCGGACCUGAAAACAGGAAUUCUAGAGAGAUACUGUACGUGACUCAUUUGUGAGGAUCUAUAAAGGAAAUGACUGAAAGGCCUUACAGAUAGUUUGUGCUUUUGUUGCUGCGGCCCACGUUUGCAGAGAGACCCCUAUCUGGAAGCACAUUUGUUUCCGUUGUGAGUAUUAACUACCUCAAGCACUGGAAACCGAUCAAGAGGGAGCGCGGCGAUCUCUCCCGGCAGCUGCGUCUGUUUCACCGGUCCCCCGCUCGGCCCUCGCAAACCUUCUGACCGACUGGAUCCGUCAGAGCGGCGCAGGCCCGCGACGUGCCAAGUCGACAUCACCACGUAGCUCGCGCCAAUCCCGUCACUGUUUUCCUCUUCUGAAAAUUCGUAUUGUUUUUUGCUGAGAGAUUUUUAAGAUUUUUCUAUUUUUAUUAGAGGCCUACGGAAAGAGAAGGGUUUCCGCUUCCAUUUGAAGGAUUAUGCACUUUGGAUUUUCGUCCAGGAUUGAAGCUAGAUCGGCACCCGAGAACCAGUUCUAAGGGAAAAUAACUUGUCGUUUUUGCGCAAACACAUUGAUGUGAGCUGCGUCCGGAGUUGCAGCUGGGCUGCAAGAUUUUCUCGAACCUUCCUUGGCGCCGCUCUCCAUCUCUCCAGAGCGGGAUACUGUCAUGACUUCCCCUCUGAUGGGAUCUUUAAGCUAUCUAUUUACUUGAUUCCAGGAGACCCGAAUCAGGCAUUCAGAACUCAUUGGAAGGUGAAGGACCGACACUCCCUGGGCUCAUUGAAUACUUAUGUAUUGUUGCAGUGCACAAGAAAGUAAAAUGGACUACAAGCUGCGCUUUUUGCUUGGCGGGUCCAAGCACAAAGUGCAGCAGCACCAGCAGUUCCAGUUGCCCGAGCUCAGCCGGACCCUCAGCGCCCCGUUGGGCUCUUCUUGCUCCACCCCUUCUCCCAUGGCGACCAUAGGCUCCUCCCCGUCCGGCUGCCACGCCCCGCCCCCGGGCGCCACCACGGCGAUCGCGGACAUCCAGCAGGGCAUCUCCAAAUACCUGGACGCGCUGAACGCGUUCUGCCGCGCCAGCGCGUUCCUGACCGAGCUCUUUGGCAGCGUUUUCCGGGACUCCCGUUACUCCAAAGCAGCUAUGCAACUGAAGGACGUGCAGGAACAUGUCAUGGAAACGACCAGCCGGCUCACCACAGCAAUAAAGCCAGAGAUCGGCAAAAUGCUGAUGGAGCUCAGCGCAGGCGCGGCUAACUUCAAAGACCAGAACGACUUCAGCCUGCAGGACGUGGAGGUGCUGGGCCGCUGCUUCCUGACGGUGAUGCAGGUGCAUUUCCAGUUCCUGUCGCAGGCGUUGCAGAAAGUCCAGCCGGUGGCUCAGUCCUGCCUGGCCGAGGCGCUGGCACAGGUUCAGGAGAGACAUGGAAAUGCCCACACGCAGAACACGAGCCCCGGGCCCCUGACCGAGCUGGAGGAGGCCGUCCGCUCAUGGAAAGGAGCAUCAGAGGUGACGGCGUGUCUCAGGGAGAGAGGGAGAGACGGCUGUCUGUCUGGUAUUCAGGUGCAGCAGCUCUUCUGUUCUCAGAACACCUCCAUACCUGAACACCAGCUCAAAGAGCUCAACGCCAAGAUCGACAACGCUCUACAGGCGUAUAAAGUGGCGUUAGACUCUUUGGGUCACAGUGAGUACGCGCUGAAGGCCGGAUUUCACCUUAAUCCCAAAUCAGUGGAAGCAGCUUUGCAGGGCUGCUGCAGUGACGCUGAGGCCCAGCAGGCCGGUCGCUUUCACACCACGUCUCAGCCCAUCCAGUGUGAAUUACCCACAAUCCCUGUCCAGAUUGGCUCUCAUCUGCUCCGAGGAGUUUCCUUCAAUGAAAGUGCAUCAGAUAACCUCAAGCUUAAAACGCAUGCCGUGCUGCAGCUGAUCAAGGAUGCGGUGGAUCAGAACGGUGUGGCCGUGCGGGACGAUUCCCCCGUCACAGAGGUGCUAAACCAGGUGUGUCCCUCCAGCUGGAGAGGAGCCUGUAAGACGGCCGUUCAGCUGCUGUUUGGACAGGCUGGACUGGUUGUGGUCGACACAGCUCAGAUUGAGAAUAAGGAAGCUUACGCCCCUCAGAUCUCUCUUGAAGGAUCUAGAGUUGUGAUCCAGGUUCCCUCUACAUGGUGUCUGAAGGAGGAUCCAGCGACAAUGUCUCUUCUGCAGCGCAGUCUGGAUCCAGAGAAGACCCUCGGCCUGGUGGAUGUGCUCUACACGGCUGUGUUCGACCUCCAGCGCUGGAAAGAGCGCAAGGAACAGACUUUGCCCACCAUUCAGAUCCAGCUACAGCGAGACACGACUGAUUACGGCGGCCCCGUCGAUCUUCCUCCCGGGAACAGUACCAAAUCCUCCGGCGGCCUCCCUAAAACGAUCUCCAAACUCACCUCACGCUUCACCAAGAAAACCUCGUCCAACUCGAGCGCGGGCGGCAGUUACUCCAUCCCCAGCACCCCGUCAAGGAGCAGCGGCAGCUCGGACGACAAAUCCGGACGCCUGCACAGCAUCCUGCAGAUGAGCAGCAUGCCGUGCACGCCCGACCCAAGCCACGCGCAGAUCGCCAACGGUGCGUCCGCAGACGAGCAGGGCAUGAACCUGCCCACCGACCAGGAGAUGCAAGAUGUCAUCGACUUCCUAUCGGGGUUCAACAUGGGGAAAUCCCAGCAGGCAUCUCCGCUGGUGAAGAGGAGGAACUCUGUGGCGUCUACGAAUGCGGCCGACUUGAAACCACCCAGUGGAGCGGCUCCAACGUCCUCGCAGUCUCAAGUCGCUCAAGUGUUGGCGCAAACCUUGCAACAACCUACACAGCAGCAGCAACAACAGCAGCAGCAGCAACAACAGCAACUUCCUUCAACGCCAAAACAGCAGCAAACGCAGCCGCAGUCGCAGCCGACCUCGCAGGCCCUGCCGUUCUACCAGCAUCUCUUGCAGCCGAUCGGUCAGCCGCAGCAGCAGCCGCAGCAAACGGCGCCGGUUUCCCCUCAGCUCUCUUCCCAGCAGCCCCCGCAGGCGAGAGCUCCCAGUAAGUGGCCGCAGGGUCCUUUAGGAGGGCUCUCGCCCAUCGGGCCCUUGACGCAGUGGCCCGCCCCGGGUCUGCCGGACCUAAGCUCUGACCUCUACAGUCUGGGGCUGGUCAGCACAUACAUGGACAGCAUGAUGUCUGAGAUGCUCGGCCACAAGCCCCCACAGGGACCACGCAACAACACCUGGCCCAACAGAGACCAAAGUGACCAGAGUCUGUUCGGGGUGUUGGGAGACUCUAUGCCCUUUGACCCUGCAGUGGGCUCAGAUCCAGAGUUUGCGCGUUAUGUUGCCGGGGUCAAUCAGGCCAUGCAGCAGAAACGACAGGCGCAGCAUGUUCGUCGGCCCAGCAACACCCGCAGUAACUGGCCACACCCAGACGAGCAGCACCGGGGCUGGACACACCCUGAGUACUACAACGAGGGGGAAGCGGUCAACAGUGGCUGGUCAGCCAAUCAGGGGGAUUCGGCCAGUUCGAGUGACGAGACGUCCUCAGCCAAUGGGGACAGUCUGUUCUCCAUGUUCUCUGGACCUGACCUGGUGGCGGCUGUUAAACAAAGACGGAAACACAGCUGUGGUGAACAGGAAGUGUGCACUCUGCCCUCUCCUCCACUUCACCACGCCAGUGACGACAGUAACCAGGACAGCAAAACUAAAACCUGGCCUCCUAAAGCUCCCUGGCAGCACUCCUCGCACACCAACACCAUGCCCAAUCCCAGCUCUUCCCUCUACCAGAUGACCAUCCCCUCUAGCCAGUGGGGCGACUCCAUGCAAAUGCUGCAGUCUCCGGUGUGGUCGACAGCCAACGACUGCCCUCCAUCCUCCGGGAUCUCCUCCGGCUUCCCGUUCACGCAACAACAACAGCAGCAGCAGCAACAGCAGCAGGUUUCCCAGCACAAGAUCCUGAGCAAAGGCUUCAAAACCUUCCCGCUCAAACCUGAGCAUCGACCCUCGUACCUGCACCAGUACUGAGCUGGACCCGUGCUGGGAGAGGUCGCCGACCCUUUUCGUGUAUUUUGAGUUUGAGUAACGCUCAGGAUGUGAACCCAGAUCAGCAUUUAAAGGCUUUGAGCGGGACGCCACUGAGAGACUUCAUAAAGGGGUUUCGGUCGUGUCGGGGCAGCGGAAGGAUGUCGUUUUAUUAUCCGAACACGGCGACGUAGAAACCUAGCUGGGAGUGUUGAUCUUGUGGUGUGCCGUGAACCUGGUCUAGACUCCAACCUUGUAAACUAGAAGUGUUUUUAUAGGGCAAUUUGCAUUUAACAUAGUGGUUCAUAACAUUUUUGUACACAGAUGUGUGUCAAACAUCCCCGAACAGAACUUAACUGCCUUCCACGCUGUCCAAAUGAUGCAUGAUUCAUGUUAACAGCAGCUAGUCGGACCAUUUCACUGGCGGCCGCAUCGGCACGACUGAAGCCUUCAGUCUCGCGGCGGCGUUCGGCUUCGAGUUUACACGACUUUUUUUCGAUAUGCAUGGCCACCGUGCUCACUCACAGCGCACUAUCGCAGCCGCAUUACGAAGAUCCGGACGUCCCGGUCCGCUAACCGGACGUCCCACAUUAACGAUACUGUGUUUUAAAUAGCUGUAACUGCCAAAUGUCACGUGGGACGACCCGGACUGCAGCUCUCAGCUACUGUUCCAUAGCUUGUAAAUGACUCGAAAAAAAGAAACGAAAAGAACUAUAAAUAAUUUACUUUUUAUGAAGAGGCUUUGAGCAGGCUCGGCAGAAAUAUAAUAAUCAUAGCAGAGGUGUAAUUUGAAAGAAAUACACUACUUUUUCAACAUCUGAGAGAUAAAAAAGAUUAAAAAUACAAAUAAAAAAAAAAGGAUGUUAGCAGUAACUUUGUGCCAUGUUGUUUUGAAUAGCACUUGCAGAUAUUUUCUCUAACCAAAGUAUUGUUUAGAGGGGGGGAAAUGGUGCUUGAAAUACAAAAGAAAUGCCGUUUGGGAGCCGUAGUAGUAGUUCUAUAUAGAAAGAAAAGAAAAAAACCCUUUUAUUAAAACACAAACCCUUCUGUACGGUCAAACGUGUUCAUUUUCCCAUUGGCUUUCUUCAGAACAACACUAACACUUCCCAUAAAAAAAAAAAUAACAUGUAUUCCUUUCAAAUACGAUAUAUUUCUUGUACAAAUAUUGACAGUAUUAAUCUUAUUUUUGUAUUUUCUUACACAUUAUACCAUUAUUCUAUAAGUUAGCAUAAUAUAGGCUUAUUAUUAAGUAAAACAUUAUUUUCCCAAGAUGUGAAGCACAUUUUUUCUUUCCUACAGAGUUUAACUGUACCUUCUUUCUACAGAGGUUACCAAAUACGCCAUUAUAAACACUAAUAAAUGGUUAUGGUCGGAUUGGGGUGGUUUUUUUUUUUUGUUUUUGUUUUUUUUGGUUAUUUUGAGCCCAGAUUCCUGUUGGUUUCUGUGGUCUCGGGCUGCAUCCGAAAAGCCCAGAAUGUUCAUUUCGUGACGUUUGCCGAUGCCAAUGUUGCCUGUAUUUAUGAUAUGACCAUGUUUUCUGAAAACUAACAUACUUACCAUGUUUACAGAGAAUCGUUUGCUGUAUAUAAAUAUAUCUUUUUAUAGUUCUGUGCUUUGCACAAUCAAAAUGUAGGUUCGUUGCUUCGUCCGUGUUUUUCCUCCCAAACUGUUUCGGCAUUUUUUUUUUU